AUGUCAGAUGGUAAUAAUAUUGAUGAGAAUGUGAACAAUCGAGUUCACUGUGAUAAUAAUAAUAAUAAUAAUAAUUCUGAGGAUGAUCUCAAAGCUUCUGAGAAAGAGGCUAAUAAUGAAAACUCAAUGCCCUCUUCUGAACAAGAGGAAGACGCCAUAAAGAAAAAGUAUGGAGGUAGAUUGCCAAAGAAGCCUCCACUAAUAUCCAAGGAUCAUGAACGUGCUUAUUUUGAUUCUGCUGAUUGGGCUUUGGGGAAGCAAGGAGCACAAAAGCCUAAAGGACCACUUGAAGCACUCCGUCCAAAACUGCAGCCAACUCAACAGCAGGCCCGAUCAAGGCGCUCAGCUUAUGCUCCAGGAGAUGGUUCUGAAGUUGACGGUGAUAUUGCAUCAUUAGACGAUCCAAGCGGUAGUGAAGAUGUUGCCGGUGAUAAGAGUGAUGAUGCUGCUCAAGACCAAAGUUGCCAUUAG